CCGCCGGAGCGGCCGUGCCGGGCGGCUCCUCCUCCCGCGGGCGGCAUUAGCUCAUCGGCCGCGGCUCCUCGCGGCCCUUUCUUCGCGCGGCCCGCCGCCCCCAUGGCCCUGUGCAACGGGGACACCAAGCCCGAGAACGCCGGGGCAGAGCCCAAGGAUGGGCAGCACCACUACGAGGGCGCCGUGGUGAUCCUGGACGCGGGCGCGCAGUACGGCAAGGUCAUCGACCGCCGCGUGCGAGAGCUCUUCGUGCAGUCCGAGAUCUUCCCGCUGGAGACGCCGGCCUUCGCCAUCCGUGAGCAGGGCUUCAGAGCCAUCAUCAUAUCUGGAGGACCAAACUCUGUGUAUGCAGAAGAUGCACCAUGGUUCGACCCAGCCAUAUUCACAAUAGGAAAACCAGUGCUUGGCAUCUGCUAUGGCAUGCAGAUGAUGAACAAGGUGUUUGGAGGGACGGUGCACAAGAAGAGCGUUCGGGAGGACGGAGUGUUCAGCAUCACCCUGGACAACACCUGCUCACUCUUCAGAGGCCUUCAGAAGGAAGAGCUUGUGCUCCUCACUCAUGGAGAUAGUGUGGAUAAAGUGGCUGAUGGAUUCAAAGUGGUGGCACAGUCUGGGAACAUCAUAGCAGGCAUAGCAAACGAGUCUAAAAAGCUGUAUGGGGCACAGUUCCACCCUGAGGUGAGCCUGACGGUGAAUGGGAAGAUGAUCCUGAAGAACUUCCUCUACGACAUCGCAGGGUGCCCCGGCACCUUCACCGUGGAGAACAGGGAGCUCCAGUGCAUCCAGGACAUCAAGGACAAAGUGGGCUCCUCCAAGGUCCUGGUGCUGCUCAGCGGGGGUGUGGACUCCACGGUGUGCACGGCGCUGCUGAACCGCGCGCUGAACCGCGAGCAGGUCAUCGCCGUGCACAUCGACAACGGCUUCAUGCGCAAGAGGGAGAGCCAGGCCGUGGAGGAGGCCCUCAGGAAGCUGGGCAUCCACGUCAAAGUGGUGAAUGCAGCCCAUUCGUUCUAUAAUGGCACAACAACUCUGCCCAUCUCAGACGAGGACAGAACUCCACGUAAAAGAAUUAGCAAGACCUUAAAUAUGACUACAAGUCCUGAAGAAAAGAGGAAAAUUAUCGGUGACACCUUUGUUAAGAUUGCCAACGAGGUCAUCGGGGAGAUGAACCUGAAACCCGAGGAGGUGUUCCUUGCUCAGGGCACCCUGAGGCCUGACCUGAUCGAGAGUGCUUCCCUGGUGGCCAGUGGCAAGGCUGAGGUGAUCAAAACCCACCACAACGACACCGAGCUGAUCCGCAAGCUGCGCGAGGAGGGUAAAGUAAUAGAACCACUGAAAGACUUCCACAAAGAUGAGGUGCGAGUGCUGGGAAGGGAGCUUGGUCUGCCUGAAGAGCUGGUGUCCAGGCACCCCUUCCCAGGUCCUGGCCUAGCAAUCAGAGUGAUCUGUGCUGAGGAACCUUACGUGUGCAAAGACUUCCCAGAAACAAACAACAUCUUGAAAAUAGUGGCAGAUUUUUCUGCCAGUGUGAAGAAGCCCCACACGCUGCUGCAGAGGGUGAAGGCGUGCACGAGUGAGGAGGACCAGGAGAAGCUGAUGCAGAUCACCAGCCUACAUUCACUGAAUGCCUUCUUGCUGCCCAUCAAAACUGUGGGAGUGCAGGGUGACUGUCGCUCCUACAGCUACGUCUGUGGCAUCUCCAGCAAGGAUGCCCCACACUGGGAGUCCCUGAUGUUCCUUGCCAGGCUCAUACCACGCAUGUGCCACAACAUCAACAGAGUGGUGUAUGUGUUUGGCCCCCCUGUCAAGGAGCCCCCCACGGAUGUCACCCCCACCUUCCUGACCACAGGAGUCCUCAGCACUUUACGGCAAGCUGACUUCGAGGCUCACAACAUUCUCAGGGAGUCUGGCUAUGCUGGGAAGAUCAGCCAGAUGCCAAUAAUCCUGACCCCGCUGCACUUCGACCGGGACCCCCUGCAGAAGCAGCCCUCGUGCCAGAGGUCAGUGGUCAUCAGGCCCUUCAUCACCAGCGACUUCAUGACGGGCAUCGCCGCCACGCCGGGCAGCGAGGUGCCCGAGGAGGUGGUGUUGAAGAUGGUGGCAGAGAUCAAGAAGAUCCCUGGCAUCUCUCGGGUGAUGUACGACCUGACAUCGAAGCCCCCCGGAACUACGGAGUGGGAGUAGCUCCCUUUUCCCUAUCCAAGUACUGUGUGCAGUCUAAACCAUAUCAGAAACCAUUCCCAGUGUUGACAUGCAGUACUGUGAAAGAGUGACUGGAGCUGCUGCAGGGCACCAGCUGCCCAGCCAGGGCUGAGGCUGUACGGGUAAAUGACGGUGCCAGCGCUGCCAGCCAGGCCCCUCUGCUUUGCCUUUGCCUCUCCAGUGCCCCGAGUCCCCCGUGUCCUGUUACCUGUCGUUUCGGUGUCUCUUUGUUUUUGUACACUGUGGAGAAAGAAGCAGUUUAUUUACUUCUACCAAAAGCAUUGUUACAGCCCGGACGUGUAAGAGGAGUUGAUUCUUUGUGACCAACCGCUUUGGGACGGAUUUAUUAUAAAUAAAUAUUUUGCCAAAUGCAGUGGUGGGUGCUGUUGAGUCGUGGAGCGGCUGUGUGUGCUGUGCCCGUGCUCUGUGCUCCUGGGCAUGGCAGCGAGGGGGAGCAGUGCUGGCCUCUCCUGGCACUGCCUGUCCGUGUGUCUGUCCCUCUGGGCCACAGCAGAGCUCCCAGCUCCUCCUGCCCGUGGCUCUGGGCUGGCAGGAGGCAGACCUGGGCGUGCAGCUGGCAAGGCAGAGCUGCUGGGCUGUGCCUCCUGUGUCCCAGCGCUGCCCUGUGCUUCCCUUGCACCUGGUGAUGGUUUCUGUUCCUGGCAGGGUUUUGGUGAUGGUUUGUGUUCUGCAGCUUUGUCCUGGGCAGGGUUUUGGUGAUGGUUUCUGUUCUGCAGCUUUGUCCUGGGCAGGGUUUUGGUGAUGGUUUGUGUUCUGCAGCUUUGCUCUGGCAGGUUUUGGUGAUGGUUUGUGUUCUGCAGGUUGGCUCUGCCAGGGGUUUUGGUGAUGGUUUGUGUUCUGCAGCUUUGCUCUGCCAGGGGUUUUGGUGAUGGUUUCUGUUCUGCAGCUUUGCUCUGGCAGGUUUUGGUGAUGGUUUGUGUUCUGCAGCUUUGCUCUGGCAGGUUUUGGUGAUGGUUUGUGUUCUGCAGCUUUGCUCUGGCAGGUUUUGGUGAUGGUUUGUGUUCUGCAGGUUGGCUCUGCCAGGGGUUUUGGUGAUGGUUUCUGUUCUGCAGCUUUGCUCUGGCAGGUUUUGGUGAUGGUUUGUGUUCUGCAGGUUGGCUCUGCCAGGGGUUUUGGUGAUGGUUUCUGUUCUGCAGCUUUGCUCUGGCAGGUUUUGGGGUGUGCUGUGCUUAGCUCAGUCUGUGAGAUCAUCCCAGGUGUUGGUGUGGAGCCCUGCUCAGGGUGAGCUCCCCAGCCCUGCAGCCCCUCCUGUCACUCCGGUCCUGCUGCUGGUAGUGAAGCAAUAAUUGGAGGUGGUUGCUGGACAGGAGCUUUCUGGUGUUCUGAGGCAAAGCCAUUUCCAUCCCCCUGAGCCUCUGUGACAGGAGCAGCUGGAUUCUGACCUGGGCAGGUUCCAGGAGCCUUCCCACUGGGGCAGCUGGAAUUUGCACCCACCCCUCUUAUCCCUGGUUUCUCAGUUCAAGCAGUUGUGUUUUGUUCAGCUGUGAGAUCACUGCAGUAUUAUGGGGUGAAAUACUUGCUUUGAACUGUUCAGUAACAUGCAGUAUUUCAUGGCUGUGGCUCCUUUCUGCCCUUGCCUGCAUUUGUGAACUGGAAUCAUACUGAAAGUGUUUGUUCUGUAUUUUUGGUGGCACACAUUUUCCUGCUCUUACAUUCCCUGCCUACACGUUAUGGAAAUGGGGUUUGGAAAUUUCUGCUCCUAGGAAAUGCCCAGCUGGUGUCAAUGUGUUUUCUUGCCUGUGUCACUGAGGGGAGUUCUGCACCAGGGGAGGAGGUGCCAUGUCCCAGCCAGUGCUCCCAGGGCUGCUGGGGACACGGGGGCAGGAAUUGGGGAGGGGGGCUCUGCCUCCCCCCAGCCCUGCUCCAGGAGGGCUCUGCAGCCUGGGCAGCUUGAGCUGAACUGCUCAGUCAGUCACCUCCUUCCCAGAGGGGGUGGUGAUGUGCACCCACAGCUGUCACAGCCUCUCAGAGCUGCAGUGAUGUCAGAGAUUAUUGAUUCCUGUGCUGCAGGGUGGCUCUGUGCCUGCUGGCACCCUGCAGGGGGGGUUUGCCGGGGCAGCACCUGGCCUGCAGGUAGGGCUGACCUCACAGGGGCUCCCAGUGGAGUUCUGUGCGUUCAGCUUUGGCAGGAGGGGCUGGGCCAGCUGCUGUCGUUGCUGGGUGGUGUCUCACUGCAAAGGGUGCAGAGCCAGGAGCUGAAUCCCUGGUGAGAGGCAGAACCCCCUCAGUUCUCACAGCAACGGGCUCGUCCUCGUGGCUGCUGUGUUGCCUUGACAGCAGCAAACAAGCAAAGCUGAGGGAAUCACUAAAAAUAAUGCAAAUAAUCCCGGGAGCUCUGCAGCCCAGCCCCUGCUGCAUUCUGCCCAGGCUGUCCCUGUGCAGCUGCACUUGGUGUGCUGAGGGGUGCAACGUGCUCCCAGUGAGGGCUGGGGCUGCAGGGAGCAGGGACAGCCCUGGGACAGCCCUGCAGCUCUCCUGGCUUGAGUUCCCUGGCAAAGUCCUUGGAGCUGCAUGCUGACCCUGGGCACCACGUCUGCUGCGCUCUGUCACCAUCCCUGAGCCCCUGGGCUGCUCCCCUCUGUGUUCCUGCAGCUGGGCAGCACCCCCUGCCCUUCCUCAGCUCAGAAAGUUGGGUGCUGAACAUUCUAGGCGUAAACCAUUGCACCGUGGAUCAGAAUGUCUCAUGGGAGUGGAGUCUGUGCCCCUCAGCCCUGCCUGCAGCUGUGCCAUGCCUUGCAGCCCUGGUUUGGGAGGUUGGUGUGCUCAUCCAUCCCAGCAGCUCUGGCUGGUUUGGGAGGUUGGUGUGCUCACCCCAGCAGCUCUGGGUGUUUUUGGGAGGUUGGUGUGCUCACCCCAGCAGCUCUGGGUGUUUUGGGGAGGUUGGUGUGCUCACCCCAGCAGCUCUGGCUGGUUUGGGAGGUUGGUGUGCUCACCCCAGCAGCUCUGGGUGUUUCUGUGCAGCCCCUGUGUACUGGACAGCCAGAGUGGAGAGGAACAUCACACUCUGUUCACAUUUCUCAAGAGCCAGUUCUAUCUAGCACCUAGUUUACAAACUGAUACCUGUAGCUGCCCUGUACAAUUGUUCACCUCGAGUCUUCAGUAAAACAUGUCAGCAAUUAGAGGAAUUUGUAUUGGGGGCAUUCCCCAUCAGUCUCAAUUUUUAACAUUUUUCUGCUUGUGAAAUGAUAAAGUACUGUGAGCCUUAAUUUUUA